CUCCCUCCCCCAUUAUAUCUUCCUCUACUUAAAGCUCUCCCUUUUCAAAGAGCCUGGCUCAAGGCUUUAUCAGCUGUUGCCUUCUGCCAGGGAGAAACCAGAAAGUUUCCUGGCUUUAAAGGAGUUUGGGUUCCACCUGCUGCAUCAGAGUUGUGAAUACCCAAAUUAAAGAUUAUUUGAAAGGAAGGAUGAAUGGACGUACUUUGAAUGGCAUUGGUGACACCCCACAUAAAAUUCUUUGGACAAACAAUUUUGGAAACAAAACUUUUGAGGCAGAAGGCCAAGGCACACAUCUAAGCAUACCUCUUAUGGAUGGGCUGGAGGAACAGGAGCCAGAGCAAAUAAUAACCAUGGAGGAUAACCCUACUGUCAUUAAGAUGGACAGUCAUGAAGGAACCAGUUCAUCAUGGCAAGGGAGAAGGUUCAUCUCCAGAGCCAUUGGCUAUGUCACUGGAGAUAUGAGAGAAUAUGCAGACUGGCUCAAAGACAAACCUAUCAUACUUCAGUUCCUUGACUGGAUUCUUCGAGGCGUAUCCCAAGUGGUGUUUAUUAAUAACCCCAUCAGCGGGAUCAUCAUCAUAGCUGGGCUGCUGGUCCAGAGUCCCUGGUGGACCCUCACAGGCUGCCUGGGAAAUAUAGUAUCCACGCUGACAGCCCUACUGCUCAGUCAAGACAGGUCAGCAAUUGCCGCUGGGCUUCAUGGCUAUAAUGCCACCCUGGUGGGAAUACUCAUGGCUCUCUUAAGCUACAACGGAGACUAUUACUGGUGGCUUUUAUUCCCUGUACUUGUCAUGUCCAUGACGUGUCCAAUUUUUUCCAGUGCGUUGGGCUCAGUGUUCUCUAAAUGGGACCUCCCUGUCCUCACCCUGCCUUUCAACAUGGCAUUAACAAUGUACUCAGCAGCCACUGGAUCUAAAAACCCUUUCUUUCCCACCAAAGUAGCUACAACAUCGGUUUCCAAUGUCACCUGGUCUCAGAUCAAUGUUCCUGAGUUACUCAAAGCCAUCCCGGUGGGAGUUGGUCAGAUCUACGGCUGUGAUAAUCCUUGGACUGGCGGCCUUUUCCUAGUUGCCAUUCUUCUCUCCUCCCCGCUCAUGGGUUUGCAUGCAGCGAUUGGAUCGACAGUAGGGAUUAUAGCAGGGCUGACCCUUUCAGCUUCAUUCGAUGAUAUCUACGUUGGAUUAUGGGGCUACAACAGCUCUCUGGCCUGCAUGGCAAUAGGAGGAAUAUUCAUGGCUCUCACUUGGCAAACUCAUCUCCUAUCACUUGCCUGUGCUCUGUUUACUGCUUACCUGACCGCAGCGUUAACAAACAUGAUGGCUGUGUUUGGUUUGUCAACAUGCACCUGGCCCUUCUGCUUGGCCACACUCAUCUUCCUCUUAGUGACAACCAAAAAUCACUCCAUCUACAAGCUGCCGCUCAGCAAAGUAACUUACUCCGAGGAGAACCGCAUCUUCUACCUGACAGCAAAGAAGAAGUUAGCAGAAAGCCCUUUGUGAUGGAAAGACCAAGUCAAAGCCAGACCUUCUGAUUUUAAACCCAGAUGACACCAUCAA